CCAACCCUGACAAAGUUCACCAUGGCCACCAUGGCGCCGAAUGAACAGCAUGCGCAUUCACACAAGCAUGAGCAUGAGCACUGCCACGACCAAACGUACACUCGACUAGCAGCAGCGCUCAAAGGGAACCAUAAGGCAUUGGACACCGUUACCGACAAGCCCGUCCUGGAAUGUUUUAAAAAGGACAAGUUGGCACUUUUGGCGACGCAAUCCAACGCGGACCUCGAUUCUAUCAAAGCUGCAUUUACGAAAGCACCGACCACCGAUACCAUAGCAUUUUUAGAUCGGUUACUUGCCUCUGGACUGGCUCCUGUACCUACUAUCAGGUCUUUAUGGGAGGAAGGACACGAUCAGAUCGGCGGCACGUCAAUUGACAGGACCAAACUCGAUGACCGGUUUAAGAUCGGCUUCUCCAGACUAUGCGGACAUGCGAUUGAAUUGAACAGGGAGAACAACGCCAGCGUCAGCCGUGGUCUUAGCAAGUCUGGAAAGCUCGAAUCAGGAACCUAUGUCUUUGCGCGGGACGAGAUGCCGUAUGCCUGUGUCAUUGAGAAGGUCUGGCGGGGUAGGCGCUGCGAGGAGUGUCUGAGGCCACUGCCCAAACAAAGAUCGGAGAUCGUGAAUUGCCCCACAUGUCCAACGGUCGAUUCUACUUUACCGGAUAACGCCGCCGACAAGGUGCCUUCUCAGCUGCAAUCAGGCCCUUCAAAGUUCUGCAGCCAUGAGUGUCUCAAAGCAGCAUGGACAUCGUGGCAUGGAUUUGAAUGCAGAUCUGCCAAGGAGCUGAGCGAACUGAGCCAAUUGACACGUCUGGCCCUUCGAGUGUACUGGCAAAAUGCACGGCAUGGUGUCCCAAGGAUAGCAUCAUCAUCCAAAUCGCUUACCUCCGUUUCAAAUGACGAUAUCAAUUCACUCACCAGUACGGCUGCAGGACUUUCUCUCAAUAACAUCAGCAGCAGCAGUAAUAGCAGUUGCAGCAACCUCACGCCUCGGAUCACCAGUGCGGACGGAUCUGAUAUCCUUCCUUCGCAAUUGUGCCACAAUUUUGACCAGCUGGAUCACACCCGCAGGAUAUCCUUUUUGAUGACUGGAUACUAUCUUCAGCAGAUACUCGAUCUUCCAGAAGAUGCGACUCUGGAAUUGGCACAUCUCCAGGCUAUGGUACAGUUCAAUUCGUUUGCGAUCAAGACCCAGAUUUCCGAGUCGAUCGAGGGCUCGGAUUCCAUGACCCAUAUGAACGACUACGCGAUAGGAUCAGCAUUGUACCUGUUGGCAUCUAUGUUCAACCAUAGCUGUGCACCCAAUGCUAUGGUCGUCUUUGGCAAGGAUGGAUACGCGCUUAGGGGCUCUUCUAAAGGCGGACCAAAUGAUUCGAGGGGUCCUGAUCCUCGCGCGAUCAACGUUGUUACGAACAGGACCCAAAAAAUCGAUCCAGAACUGACGGUACUAGUUGAGAUCUCGUAUGGCCCCCAGGCGGGAAGAAUGAAGAUGGAGGAGCGGAAGGAGUGUCUGAGGAGGUCGCAUCUCUUUGAGUGCAAUUGCUCUGCAUGCAAUGAUAAAUACGCUGAAGCAGUCCUGAAGAAGAUCUACAAGUGCCCAAAGAAUGGGUAUUUAUGCCGGCCCAUGACAGAGAAGGAUAGAGCGUGUCCAACAUGUGGGUGCGAAAUCGACAUGGUAUCGCGUAAUAAGAUGCACCAACAAAUGGCACGACUUAUCACAGAGUCUCAAGAUCCAUCUUUAACCCUGAGCAAGCGGCUUAUUCUUCUGAAAACACUGGAGAGCAUACAAUCCAAGACGUUUGUCGAUACAUGUAUCCUGUACGGCAAUACUUGCGACCAGCUUGCGAUGGUAUAUGCCGAAAGUGGGGACUUGGGCAGCUCGAUUGAAUGGUGCAAGAAGGCGCUCAAGGUUGUGGUGGUCCAUUUCCCGCAUGACUCGAUCGAAGUCGCCCAGGAGACGCUCAAACUGGCGGGCCUUUUGUUCAACAAUAUGCAGACAAAGGAAGCCAUGAAACAGGUCCAGAUCGCGAUCACGCUAUACAAGGGCCACUAUGGCGCUAGUUCCAGGCAUCCAGACUUACUCGAGCUGUAUGAGAUGGAGCGUUUUCUGAAGCCUCUUGUUUAAAGCACUCUACAGCAUAGUAUACCCACUAAAUCUCUGUGUAAUAAAGCAUAUUUAUUGAAC